AUUGAGUCUAGAAGAACAAUAGAUUAUGAGACUUAAGAUAUCUGAUUUCGACAGAUUUAGCUUUUGAGAUAUCUCACUUCAAAAUUUUUUUCACUCGAGACUGGUACUUAAAAAACUCACUAUACAAGUAGUGUUGUAUACAUCUGAACCGAAGGCGAAGUAUAAAACUAACCUUUUGUUUCAUUAUUGAUUUACUUCCGUAGCAUACAAUGUAAUCUACUAGUACAGUGAGACGUAAUCCCUACGAAAUCCACAAGUCACAUAAGGAAAAUGCUUGCUCACAAUAAUUUCAAAAAGAAAAAAUGAUAAAUGUUUGACUGACCCGAGAGUUUUCUAUUCUUUCAGUGACAUCCCUGAUGUUUGACUGACCCGAGAGUUUUCUAUUCUUUCAGUGACAUCCCUAGUGAAAAACGAAAGUUUCAAAGGUUCGAAAUAAGUAGUCUCAUAUCUAUUGUGACGUGAGACUACGUUUUUCACCUAUCACAUAAAAAACUUUACUCGUCUAAAUUUUCUUAGUGAGCAUAGAAUUGAAAUUCAUUCAUUCUUCUCUUAGCAAGCCUUUCAAGAAAGUCAUUCAAUUUUCUUCCUUUCAAAGAAAAAUAUUUAAUUUUUGCUUCUCGUAAAAAAUCUAAAGAUGCCGCCGAAACGCAAGCCAGAUAAUAACAAUCAAAACGAAAAUAAGAAAGUAAAAUUUGAUCCGUGGAACAACCAACCAAUUACACCACCGGAAACGCCAACAUCAAGUUGCAGCAAAUACGAUUACAAUGUCUGGAAUAAGUCUGAAGAGACAAGUGAAAAAUCACCAAUUCAAUUGUCUGAGUUAUCGGUAGGCGUGAGGUACGUAACUACUACUUCUUUCGAUCAAAAAUCUUUAAGGAAAUAUUUUAAUAGCAACAACCGUCCAGUAACAUUCCGAGUGUCAUUUAAAUCAGAAAAACGCCCCACUAAAAAUGGAGACAUGUUCGUCUUCCAUGCGAUGGAUGGAGAUCAAGAAGUUCAGGUCACUGUAUUUCCUCAGCAAACGGAAACGUUCUUCGAUGUUGUUGAGUUCAACAAAGCAUAUAGACUCACCAACUUCAAUGUCAAAAAUGAAUCCAAAGAUUUCCCAUUAUUUGUUGGAUGUGGUCUAUACAUUUGCUUGCUGAGUGCAUCAAAAAUUGAGAAAAUUGAUGACUCGUCCGUAUCGCAAUUACGAUUUAAUUUCUCAAAGAUAGAAGAGAUCAAAUUGUUUGAGAAAAGCUCCAGAUGUGAUUUUAUUGGAAUCAUUGCGCGUAAUUGGGGAUCUCAAUCUGUCGGUCAAAACAAGAUCAAGCGCGACUUGACCAUCACUGACUACUCAAAGCAAUGCAUUCUCUUGACUUUGUGGGGCACUGCAUACAACGAUUUUGAAUCUGAAGGGACACCUGUGCUCAUCCACAAUGGUAUUCUCAAUGAAUAUAAUGGAUCGAAAACCAUUACUAUCGCACAAAAUACCUUGUUCAUACCAAGUCCAGAUAUCAAAAUUGCACAAGACAUGAUGACUUGGUACGAACAAGAGAUAAAAAAAUGAUUUUCACAUUGAAUUUGUCAUUACAUUGUUAAUACAAUAAAUAAUGAAUGAUUUUUGAACACGAU